CUCGUUUUCCCUUUGACCUUUUUAAACCCAAAACGACGCCGUGGGGAUCUAGUGAACUACCGCGGCCAUUUUAAUAUUAUUACGUGGCAGUUUCCGAGAGUGACGUUGCACCGCAAAAUCAAACAAAAGCAAACCCGGACGAACUUUGAUCUGUAGCAGCAACCCGCACUUCUAUAAAAUUACUAUAUUCACAAGCAACUGUCUGAGUCCUCCACCAACCCACUCGCGGCCUCCGAAUCAGACAUUCCACUUUUUUUAUUCUUGUUAUUGCAGCCGAAACGCUUCGGAACUUCAAAACGCGAAUAAUGGCGAUGGCAAUGAGCCUUCGUAGAUUCUCUUCCUCCAUCAAGUCUCCAGUCAGAGUCACACCUCUCUUCAGUGGCAGCUCCCUCUAUUUUAUGUCAACAGCUGCGGCAGAGAAAGAGAAAGCUCGUGCUAACUGGGUACAUCGGUUGAAUGCGCCGCUUGAAGAAAUCGAUCCUGAAAUUGCUGACAUAAUCGAACUCGAGAAAGCUAGGCAAUGGAAGGGAUUAGAACUUAUACCAUCCGAGAAUUUUACAUCCGUCUCGGUGAUGCAAGCGGUAGGCUCUGUCAUGACCAAUAAAUACAGUGAAGGGUAUCCUGGUGCUAGAUACUAUGGAGGGAAUGAGUACAUUGACAUGGCUGAGUCCUUAUGUCAAAAGCGUGCCCUAGAGGCUUUUGGGUUGGAUCCUGCAGAGUGGGGAGUCAAUGUGCAGUCACUUUCAGGGUCUCCUGCUAACUUUCAAGUUUAUACUGCAUUGUUGAAACCUCACGAACGAAUUAUGGCACUUGAUCUACCCCAUGGCGGGCAUCUUUCACAUGGUUAUCAGACUGACACUAAGAAGAUAUCUGCUGUGUCCAUAUUCUUUGAGACAAUGCCAUAUAGAUUGGACGAGAGUACUGGCUAUAUCGACUAUGAUCAGUUGGAGAAAAGUGCGGUGCUUUUCAGACCAAAACUUAUAGUUGCUGGUGCCAGUGCUUAUGCUCGCCUUUAUGACUAUGCACAUAUCCGCAAGGUCUGUGACAAGCAGAAAGCUAUUCUGUUGGCUGACAUGGCACAUAUUAGUGGUUUGGUUGCUGCAGGUGUUAUUCCAUCUCCUUUUGAAUAUGCAGAUGUUGUGACAACCACAACACACAAGUCACUUCGAGGUCCACGUGGUGCUAUGAUCUUCUUCAGGAAGGGAGUGAAAGAGAUUAACAAACAAGGAAAAGAAGUGAUGUAUGAUUUGGAAGACAAAAUUAAUCAAGCUGUCUUUCCUGGACUUCAAGGUGGUCCGCAUAAUCACACCAUAGCUGGUUUAGCAGUUGCAUUGAAACAGGUCAGAACACCCGAGUACAAGGCUUACCAAGAGCAAGUUCUCAGUAAUUGCUCGAUAUUUGCUCAGAGGUUGCUAGAAAAGGGCUAUGAACUAGUAUCUGGUGGAACCGAGAACCAUUUAGUCUUGGUCAAUUUGAGAAACAAGGGUAUUGAUGGCUCAAGAGUUGAGAAGGUAUUGGAAUCGGUUCAUAUUGCAGCCAAUAAAAACACUGUUCCUGGCGAUCUGUCUGCUAUGGUUCCAGGUGGCAUCCGUAUGGGAACCCCAGCUCUCACAUCUAGGGGUUUUGUUGAGGAAGAUUUUGAGAAGGUAGCUGACUUCUUUGAUGCAGCUGUCAAAUUGGCCUUGAAAAUCAAGGCUGAGACAAAUGGAACGAAGUUGAAGGAUUUUGUAGCAACCCUGCAGUCAGAUGCGAACAUUCAAUCUGAGAUUGCAAAGCUCCGACAAGAAGUUGAGGAGUAUGCCAAACAAUUUCCAACUAUUGGUUUUGAGAAAGAAUCAAUGAAAUACAAGGACUAAAGAGGACUCUUUUACAUACAAGAUGUAUUUGGUUACAAAUCCCUAAAGCCACUCUCAAGUUCCUGUUGUCAACUGAAGAGAAUAAAUCAGAGAUAAAACGAUUUGCCAUUGACAAUACAAGGAUCAUAUUGUCGUUACAUAUAUGAGUGAGAUGAUAUUCUUAGGCUUUCAUUUUGGAUGUGUGAAUUAUACUCGGUUUAAAUUCUUCUUCCUCAUGUUAGCGUCAAAGUAGCUUGCAAUUGUUGCCCCGUUGGUAACAUCCAAUGAAAUCUGAAUGAUCUGCGCAAUUCAGCAAGUGGAAGUCCAAAGUAAUUUGAGUUUGCUUCUUGGCUAAAUUAACAA